CGAAAAAUGUUUCGUUUUCUAUGUUUCGUGUGUUUUAUUUGCGGCGAAAGUCUUCAGCAAAACAUUGUAAGCGUCGGCAUUGAGAGCGCGAUCAUCAAUGGAUUGCGGGAAACGACGCGCGACGGCAACGAAGUGAAUGUGUUUCGCGGCAUUCCGUUCGCAGAGCCGCCGAUCGGAGACUUGCGGUUCCGGCGACCGCUGCCGAAGAGGCGGUGGCCGCGAGAGUGGGAUGCGUUCGAAAUGAGCGCUAAUUGUGUGCAAAACGCGAACAUAUUUGGCGUCGAGAAGAGUGUCACGAAUAAGAGCUUUUCCGAAGACUGUUUGUAUUUGAACGUCUGGUCGCCGAACAACGAGAGCCCGAAGGCUGUGAUGGUUUGGAUCCACGGCGGCGCUCUGCUCGCGGGCUCGGCCUCGGAGUUCUACUACGAGGGGUCGGUUUUGGCCGCAAAGGGAAACGUUGUCGUCGUGAAACGCGUUUCCAAACGUUUCUUCGAUUACAAUGUUCUCGCAAACAACAGACUCAACGCUUUGGGCUUUCUGUACGCGGGCGCUGAUGAGGCGCCGGGCAACGUGGGUUUGUGGGAUCAGGCGCUGGCGCUGGAGUGGAUCAAAGACAACAUCCGGUACUUCGGGGGCGACGACUCGCGCAUCACUCUGUUUGGGGAGAGCGCCGGCGGGUGGAGCGUCUCUCUGCACGUGCUCUCUCCCGUCUCGCGGCACCUCUUUCAUAAUGCGAUUUUGAAUUCCGGCGCCUAUUUGUAUAAUCUCGGAGACGACAGACCCGAAGAUCACGUGACAAAGUGGCUGAAGGGCGCGAAGAAACAAAGCGUUUUCGCCGAAGAUUAUGCGAUGUUUGCGCGGAAAGAGCAGGAAUUGGUGGCCAUCACCGACGACAAGGCAUUGAUGUUCGGUUCGAUAAAGUUGUUCACUUUGGUCGUCAUUGACGGCGAAUUCCUUCCCGAGAGACCGAUAGAAAUGCUGCGAAACCGGGAUUUUUCCGCGAACAUCCAUCUUCUGGUCUCGACCACUGAAGACGAGGGAAGUUUCCUUUUGAGCGGAUUUUACGAUUCCGACAAAUUCGACGAACAAAACCCGAAAAACCUUUCGUUCGCCGAAGCGUUACACGAGUUGAAAGUGGUUUCCGAAGAAUCUUCCUCUUUGGUCCCAAUUGACGGCAAAUCUGUGGCAAAACUCUAUUUCUCGGGACUUUCCGACCGAAACUCGUUCGCGGAAUUGCGGCGAAGACUCGGCGUCGCGAUCGGCGACUACUUCCUCUCGUGUCCGACUCUGGAGUUCGCGAAACAGGUGUUUAUAAACAGCGACUUCGCGGCCAAAGUGUGGCAGUACUUCUUCAACGCGCAGUUCGGCCCCAACGCCUUCUGCGCGCAUUGGAUGGGC